AUGGGGACCUCUCCGCACGCCCAGGAACCGGGUCAAAGUCACCCAAGUGACCGAGCGGAUACUCGGCUUUCUGGCUUCCCUGCAUUUACAGAAAAUGAGGACUUGCCAAGUAUUAGCGACGACAGCGAUUUCGAUAGCGAUGAUACUAUCUCCGAGGGCGGUUCCCCGCCCCUGAGGGUAUUGGAGGCCGCACCGCUGAUCACUGAUCAUCGACGUUUUUCUUCCGCCGGCGAGGGAAGCGAAUAUGAUGCCGAAGGUAUUCUUGGGCAACCUGAGGAGGAAAAGCCUGUGACUUGGGGCUCGCUUCCUAAGAAGGGCCAGUUGGCUAUUCUGACUUUUGCACGGCUAUCGGAGCCUCUGACCCAGACCUCCUUGCAGGCGUACAUGUUCUAUCAGCUCAAGUCUUUCGACCCAUCGCUGCCGGACUCUAAAGUAUCUGCGCAGGCAGGCCUUCUCCAAGGUAGCUUUACAGCCGCGCAGUUCAUCACGGCGGUCUGGUGGGGCCGACUCGCAGAUGCCGACUGGAUGGGUCGGAAAAGAGUGCUUUUGAUCGGGUUGAUGGGCACUUGCCUAUCAUGUAUCGGCUUUGGGUUCUCUCGUAGCUUUGUGUCUGCCAUGAUCUUUCGGACGCUUGGUGGGGUGCUGAACAGCAACAUCGGAGUGAUGAGAACGUUGAUCGCAGAAAUCGUCUGUGAAAAGAAGUAUCAAUCCCGAGCAUUCUUGCUUUUACCGAUGUGCUUCAACAUUGGGGUGAUCAUUGGCCCGAUCCUAGGCGGUUCCUUGGCCGAUCCAGUCAACAGCUUCCCACAGAUAUUCGGUCCCGGGUCAUUGAUUGGAGGCAAAGAGGGCGUCUGGUGGAUGCAGCGCUGGCCAUAUGCGCUUCCCAACGUGCUUAGCGCAAUCUUUAUAUUCGCAUCAGUACUUGCAGUGUUCCUCGGACUCGAUGAGACACAUGAGACUGCACGCUACAAAAAGGACUGGGGCCGGAAACUUGGGAAGCGGCUCACAAGAGCCUUCAGGAGAAGACCAAGACACUACCGCCCUCUCACACGCUCUAGAGACGAUGAUUCUGUCUACCUAGACGGCAGUGUGGAAACCUGUUCUGCGCCAUCAAGUCCGACUCGACCGCGCGUGCAGCCCCGAGCACAUAAAAGGCCAGGAUUCCGCCAAAUCUGGACUCGUAACGUCCUCUUGACUCUGCUGGCUAAUUUCUUACUGGCUUUCCACACGAGUGCCUUCAAUUCCAUGACGUUCGUAUUCUUGCCUGCACCUCGUGCUCCUGAGGACUCUCGACAAGGUUUCUUCCACUUCGGAGGUGGGCUUGGUCUUCCUUCCUCACGGGUUGGUCUCGCAACUGCUAUCAUCGGGUUCAUUGGUCUGCCGCUCCAGAUUUUCUUGUAUCCGCAGAUACAGACCAAACUCGGGACUCUCACCUCGUUCCGCACUUUCCUUCCUUUCUCGCCUCUCUCUUACAUGCUGAUGCCUUUCCUGGUGAUUCUUCCGCGCAUCCCUUCGAUCGUCUGGCCAUGUUUCACUUUCGUUGUGAGCUUACAGGUCAUAUCUCGGACAUUUAUCCUACCAGCUGCUAUCAUUCUAGUCAACAACUGUGUGACUGAUGCAUCCGUUCUUGGUACAGUUCACGGUGUGGCGCAGAGUGUCUCCAGUGCAGGCCGCACCCUUGGUCCACUCCUCGGCGGAUGGGGUCUUGGACUGGGGCUCGAGUAUAACAUGAUCGGGGCUGUUUGGUGGGCGCUAGCUGCCCAAGCUUUAGUUGGGUGGGCUAUGCUGUGGAGUAUUUAUGAGGGCAAGGGCAUAGAGCAAAAGAAAGACGAGGAUGAGGAUUGA